CAGCACGGGCGGGCGCGCGCACGGAGUGGCCGAGGGAGACACUGGAGGGAGCCGUAUUCGCGCGAGCGUGCGAAUGCGCGCGCGCGCCCGUCCGGAGAGCACGCGCCGGCCUCGCGCCGUAACGCCCACCCUCACCCCCGGGAGCGUCCCGCGUGGGACCCCCGCGCCGGGCCGAGAGAGGCGCGCGGCCAGAGCGCGCCAGUGAUUACAGUUCCUGUAUUCCACCUUUUUUUUGAUGGAAGAGGAGGACCAUAACCCAGAAGUGAACUCUGCAGUAAAACAAGAAACUCUUGUUGAAUAAUUUGUCUCUUUUCAAAAGCAGCACCCAGUCUAGAAGAAGCUUAAAGAGAAGAAAGUACUUUUGGACUUGGCUCUUUUCAGUGUUACUUAUUCAGCACAUAAAUGGUGACCAGCAAAGACACAGAAACAGUUGUGGCUGCCAUUCAGCUUCACAUCAAGUAGUGUUUAGGUUCUUGGAGGUGAACUUAAGUUACAUGAAGUGAAGAGUAUUUCAAGACAUUGCUCAUUUUUAAGAACAUUGGCACCGUGGAUUUUUUAGCAACUGUACAUGUGAUGAAAAUGAAGUUUAUAUUUUAAGAGCAUAUGCUUAGGCAGACGUCUCCCAUUUAAUAUCAGAAUUUGGGAGAAACAUUUUUAUAUAACUUAACCUCCCACUCCCCGCCCCCCCAUCCAAGCUUUGAAACUCAGGUGCUACAGACAAUGAAUAAUCCCACAGAUUUGGGUGUGUAUGUUCAUUAACCAUGGUGUUGCUCUGAAUGUUGUCAUGCAGACCCAACAACUGCUUUUGUAAUGUAAAAUCUGAGUUACAUAGCACCACAACAAGAGGAAAUUUAAUGAGGUGAACGUGGCUGUGGCUUUUUUAAUGUAAAUUACCUUUUUAGGGGUUUUUUUGUAGUGUGAGUGGAGAGAGAAAUUAAGAUGAGCAGUUGAGGGGGUGAAGGGUGCAGUCAGCACGAAGUGCAGCUUCUCGUGCUCUGCUUAGAGACGCACCAUUGCCUCAGAUCUGACAUAACUGCAUCCUGGAGAAGGAAGGAACCUGAAGGUCAGAGUGAAGCACAGAAAUAGAGAAGAAAAUUGGACUGCAGAGGCCAAACUCUGAUCCUGGCCAUGAGGUUUGAUGCCUCACUUUAUUGAAGGGAGACACUGGACCUAAAUGGCGCAGCAUGACUUUGUUCCUGCCUGGCUUAACUUCUCAACGCCACAGUCAGCCAAGUCCCCUGCAGCCACCUUUGAGAAACAUGGAGAGCAUCUUUCGCGGGGUGAGGGCCGCUUUGGUGUGAGCCGUAGACGACACAACUCUUCUGAUGGAUUUUUCAAUAAUGGCCCCCUCAGAACUGCGGGAGACUGCUGGCAUCAGCCUUCCCUGCUCCGCCAUGAUUCUGUAGAUUCCGGUGUUUCUAAAGGAGCUCAUGUUGGGCUUUCUGGCAAUCAGCCUGGCUGGCAUGGUCCCUCACGGGGCCAUGAUGGUAUGAACCAGCGUGGUGGUGGAGGAACUGGAGUCCAUCGCCACUGGAAUGGCAACUUUCACUCUCGGAAGAACUCUGCCUUUCAAGAAAAGGUGCCUGUUGAGGCCAGAGAAGAGAAGAGAGAAGAAAAAGAGAAGCUGCAGUUUGAGGAAGACGACUUUCCAUCUUUGAAUCCAGAAGCUGGAAAACAGAAUAACCAGAGCAAACCUUUAGGGACACCUUCUGGAGUGUGGGAAAACCCCCCUAGUGCCAAACAACCUACCAAGAUGCUGGUCAUCAAAAAGGUUUCAAAAGAGGAUCCUGCUGCCGCCUUCUCAGCUGCAUUUACGUCACCAGUUCCUCACCUUGCAAAUGGCAACAAGACCACCACAAUUGUCCCAAGUGUCUACAAAAAUCUGGUUCCUAAACCUGCAGCUCCUCCAUCUAAGCCAAGUCCAUGGAAAGCUAACAGAAGUGAACAUAAACCAGGCUCGCUUUCCUCCAGCCGUGACUCUGCCUUUACCAGUCCGGUGUCUGUAACCAAACCAGCGGUACUGGCGAGUGGCUCAGUUCUCACCUCUCCCAAAGAGAGUCCUUCCAGCACCACCCCUCCCAUUGAGAUCAGUUCUUCACGUUUGACUAAGCUGAUGCGUCGCACCGCCGAUAAGAAAAGUGAAUUCCUGAAGGCAUUGAAAGAUGACAGGAAUGGAGAGAUCACAGAGAACAGAGAAUGUGACAAGUUGGAGGAUAUGGAGGGCAGCAGCACACCAGAACCAAAGGAAAACUGGGAAGAGAAUUGCCAUCAGAAUGGCCUUUCUCUCCCUUUGAUGGAGGAAGGGGAGAACCUGUCGCAUUCACUGGAAGCAGAACACAGGUUACUGAAAGAAAUGGGAUGGCAGGAGUAUCCUGAAAAUGAUGAGAACUACCUUCCCCUCACUGAGGAUGAGCUCAAAGAGUUCCAAGUUAAAUCAGAGCAGCUAAGAAGAAAUGGAUUUGGGAAGAAUGGAUUUCUUCAGGGCCGCAGCUCCAGCUUGUUCUCCCACUGGAGAAGCACUUUUAAGACAGAGUUGGAGGACUCAGACACAGAAACUAGUAGCAGCGAAACGUCAGAUGAUGAUGCCUGAAAGUGGGCACAAAACAUUUAAAAAAAUAAAUAAAUAAAACCAACCCAAUAAACUCAGUUCAUAGUUCAACGUGUGUUCGGGGUUGUAUAAACUAAACAGAGUUUAUUCUGUCUCCAGUCUGUUCAGUUUUUCUUUUGUUGUUGAAUACUUCAUGCACAAGGGAAAUAAUUGUAUCCCAAAGAAGAGAGAAAUUGGCUUGUUUAGCUUUUUCUUUUGGUUUUGCCCUUCUGCUUAAUAGAAGUUUGUGCAGCUAGAAAAUUUGUGAUGAGAAUCCCUCGUCAGGCAAUGCACAAGUUCAGUCUUGUAAGCAGGAUACAGGUGACUGAUCUUUGCAACAACAAGCUUCUAAUAAUGCCGCCUGCAUUACAUAAUGUUGCGCGGUAACAAUGUGCUAAAACAAUCAUUGUCAAUGACAAAAUGGCUAUUGAAGUUCUAAUUGUGUUAAAUUAAUGCUAAUAACAUGAAUUUUUUAUUUUUUAUUUUUUUUGCGGCUCGGGGAGCUUCAUCACUUAACCAGGCGUUUGUGGUUUUCUUUUAUGGGUACAGCUGUAAAAUAUUUGGACAUAGGAAUUGUUUGUGUUCUUCUUCUUGCAGCCUUGAUAUUCAGGGUGGAUUGUAAAAUAUAAAUUUUUUGUGAGAUUUCAAAGAUUAAGAUUAUUUUGAUAACAUUAUUUACAGAUUUAAAAAAGUGACUAUCACAUUGAGUCUGUAUGAGGGGAAAAAACUACUGCAUCAAAAAAUAACUAACUUGGAAUAAAUAUUUUGCAUCAGUUUGCCAA